UUGCCUCUGCGUCAAGAACGAAAAAAAAAAAAACAAAUUUCGACGCGCCAAAUUCCGUUCCUCUUCCCAGCAUGGUCGCACCCACGACAGAAGCUCUCCACAAACAUGUAAAAAGAGCACGGAUAGAAGAUCCUCUUCCAAAACUAAAAGCCACUCGAUUCAAAGGCUUACCACCACCGAACAAGCAAAAUGCAAAGAGCAAAGAAAACGUUCAAGUAGAACCGACACCGUCCUCAAAAAGUAAAGGAAAACAGAAGGAGGAGCCCUCUCAUGCAACAAAUACCGUCUCUUCACCUCCAAGAAAGUUCAAGAUCGUGGCUGGAUCGUAUGAGAAGUUACUCUACGGUCUAGAGGGGAGCACCUCACUCUCUGAUUCGAAAGAACUACAAUUUACUCUCAAGCCAAUGUUCAUUUUUCCUGCCCACGUCUCAUGUAUAAAAGCCGUAGCUGCUUCACCGAGCGGAGGGAAAUGGCUUGCUACCGGCAGUGCAGAUGAGAUCAUCAAAGUAUGGGAUUUGAGGAGGAAAAAAGAGAUCGGGGGACUAAUGCAUCACGAAGGCUCAAUUACCCAUCUUCACUUCCCGUCUCGGUCACAUCUGCUAUCGGCUUCUGAGGAUGGGACAUUAUGCCUGUUCCAUGCCCGUGAUUGGAGAGUUUUAAGGGCUCUCAAAGGGCACAAGGGACGCGUAAAUUGCAUUGCUGUGCAUCCGUCGGGCAAACUUGCACUCAGUGUGGGAAGAGAUAGAACGCUGAGAAUGUGGGAUCUAAUGCGUGGAAAGGGAUGUGCCAGUACUAAACUGGGAAAAGAGGGCGAGAUUGUACGGUGGUCAACCGAUGGUUCUCGUUUCAUAGUUCUCUGCGGUUCCACGAUAGACGUGUACGACACGGCCAUGACCCUCGUACAUACGACCGCACAUCCAUCUCGAUUGCACGAUGCCAAGUUCUCUUUGCUUACUGAUGGCAAAACCGAAGUCCUCCUGAUCGGGGCAGAAGACAAAAUGGUUUCGAUAUACGAUGUUCCUUCAGACCCGGAGCAUCCGCUAAAGAUCAUAGGCAGAAUGGUCGGACACACGAAUCGGAUAAAAGCUAUCGAAACACUCACCAUCUCCCUUCCUUCAGAACAUGAUAACGAUUCAAACCCGAAGUCGACCAUUAUUGUGUGCACAGUUUCAUCCGAUGGGAAGAUAAAUGUAUAUGACUUGGCAGCGUUAGUGUCUGAUGGGAGCAAAGGGAGCAAAGGGAUCGCGGAGAUUCACCCCGCAACAGAGUAUGACACGAAAGGAACACGGUUGACUUGUGUUACACUUGCUGAAGGCGAUGAUGGUAUUUCGGCCCAGAGCUCCUUGAACGGGAAAAGGAAGCGUGAUGAGGAUGAAGAGGGAGAAGAUGUCGAGGAUAAUGAUGGUGGUGGUUGGGGAGGUAUCCAGAAGGGAGUGGAGAGUGGAGAGGAGGAGGAACAGGAGGAGGAGGAAGAAGAAGAGAUAGAGCAGGAAAGCGACUAAUUAUCUCUUCAACUCGGAGUUUCAUGAUACCUCCUGGUCGUGACCACAUUUCAUUUGUGUCAAUACCAACGGCGUGUCGAUUCAUCCGGCGAGGUUCAACUAUGCAAAGUUCAUCCUUCAACUUGUUUUGUCGCGUCUGAGAUACUCCGCGGUCCUCUCGUGCUUUUUAAUUGAGGUUUAGGGAAAGGGGUUCUCGUUGUUUGCAAGGGGAUUCAGGCGGGCAUCUCGCCGUCAAGUCGGAUAAGGAGGUUGUACAUCAUUCUUCAAUGAUUUUGGCAAGGGUCGCUGAUGAAGGCGUUCGGAGCAAUUCGUACAACAAAAUCGUUGGCUACCGGCUUGCAAGCAUCAUCAAUAAUCAAGCAGAGGCGGGCUAGCUGGUCAUCCAUCUGGCGAAAAAGAAGUUGUCGAACAGGUCAUUUAGCCUUGUACAUGUUUUUGGCG